GCAGGACAGGGUCGCCUCUGAGCAGUCUGUCUACAUGUAUUUUUAUUUGGAUCUGGCAUUGCACCAUCAAACAAACACAACACACAAAAUUCAUUGUGCAAAAUGCCCCAAAAUCUGUGCCGGUGUGGGCCCCUGGUACUCGGCGCGGCGAACCGGGCUGUUUACUGCUCUGGGCCGCUGCUGGACGCCGUACAGAGGUCAAACAUGUUUCCGGACUGCAAGACUUUCGUGGACAUGAAGAGCAAGUAUCCGCCGGAGAGGGUGCUGGCCGACUAUGAGCUGUUCCGCAAUUGCCGGAAGAACGAUGGUUCCUUCCAGUUCCUGCAGAUGUUUGUGGAGAAACACUUUUUGGAGAAAGGCACCGAACUGGAGCAGUGGACACCGCCCGACUGGAAGUGUGAGCCGCCGUUCAUCAACAGAAUUGCAGAUCCGGAUCUGAGGAAAUUCGCGGUGGACCUAAACGGCUUGUGGAAGGUGCUGGGCCGGCGCAUGAAGGACGAGGUGAAGGAAAAUCCAGAGAAACACUCCAUCGUGUACGUCCCCAACCCAGUGAUUGUGCCGGGCGGCCGCUUCAUCGAGUUCUACUACUGGGACUCACUGUGGAUUAUCCGCGGUCUGCUGCUCUGUGGGAUGCACGAUACGGCCCGGGGCAUGAUCGACAACUUCCUCUCGAUAGUGCGACAGUACGGAUUCGUUCCGAACGGAGGGCGCAUCUACUACUACGGACGCUCGCAGCCUCCGAUGCUGAUACACAUGAUGAAGUCCUACGUGGACAUAACCAUGGACGAGAAGUACGCCAUCCAGUCGCUGCCGCAGCUCGAGACCGAGUUCGACAACUUCAUCGAGAAACACCAGGUGCAGGUGAGGGGUCGCACCAUGUACCACUACAAGGACUGCUCGACGGGACCGCGGCCGGAGUCGUAUCGCGAAGACGUGGCCAGUGCGGCGGACUUUUUGAGCGAGCCCGAGAAGGAGCGGCACUACACGCAGCUUAAGUCGGCCUGCGAGUCUGGCAUGGACUUUAGCUCGCGCUGGUUCAUUGCCAGGGAUGGAACGAAUCGGGGCACGCUGAAGGACAUCCAGACCACGUCGAUAGUGCCGGUCGAACUGAACGUGAUCCUCUUUCGCAGCGCAAAGAUCCUGGUCGAAUUCAAUCGCAAGGCGGGCAACACCGCCAAGGUGGAAGAGUACUCGGAUAUUGCCUGCGGCCUCGUGAAGGCGGUGCGCGACGUCCUGUGGAACGAGGAGGCGGGCAUCUGGCUGGACUACGAUCUGCUCAACAACAAACCGCGGCCCUACUUCUCCGCCUCCAACUUCUCGCCGCUGUGGGCCCGCGCCUAUCCCCUGGUGGACACUGAAAAGAUCGCCCGGGGCGUGAUGAAAUACAUCAAGACGCACAAACUGGACGACUACCCCGGCGGAGUGCCCAACACAAUGAACAAGGAAACCGGCCAGCAGUGGGACUACCCGAACGUGUGGCCCCCCAUGAUGUUCAUGAUCAUCGACGGGCUGUACAAUCUGGGAACGCCCGAGGCCAGGACAAUGUCCGAGCGCUGGGCUCAUCGCUGGGUCAAGAACAACUACGAGGCCUACAGCCAAACGGGCUUCAUGUUCGAAAAGUACAAUUGCGAGAAAUUCGGCUCUGGUGGAGGUGGCGGGGAGUACCAGAAUCAGACGGGUUUCGGCUGGACCAACGGCAUCAUUCUCGAGUACCUCUUCAGGUAUGGCCAGGAGCUCUCCCUUGAGGAUAGCAGUGAUGUCCAUUGCAAGUGCAAGGUAGGAAAAGCGAGUAAAGCAGGCACAGGAGGCACUUUCAGUGACUGCCCGGAGACAAGUAACGCACGAAUGGACCCGAAAAAGAAUUACAUCAUCACCAGCGACAACCAUAUCGACGCCUGUAAUAGCCCGUUCCUCAGCCCGAUUUCAAGUCCAGGUGCCAGUCCGCAUAAAUCAGUGGACGAGACAUCCAAUCGGGUGAAACAGUCCCUCGUGGCGAACAUAGUCGGAAAUCCUGUGGUUCCCAGUCCGAGACGAUCCACGGGACGAUCAGUGCUUCCCAUUUCAGGACGAUCGACGAUCACCAGCUAUCCACAACUAAAGGAAGCUGCUGCGGGCGAGUACACUGAGCAAAUUGUUCCUCGGGAGCAAGCCUCUGCUAUUCCUUACAUUCGAGACCAGUCGGCUGCUAUUCCCAGUCCCGGACGACUUACGAUACCUUCUCAACCAGAAUCCAGGCUCCAGUCCAUUGCUCGAGCACAAGACACUGAUAUUCCUCACAGUCGAGAACAAUCCGCUGCUUAUCCUAAAACUCGAGAACAGUCCGCUUUUGAUCGUCACAGUCGAGAACAGUCCGCUUUUGAUCCUCACACUCGAGAACAGUCCGCUUUUGAUCCUCACAGUCGAGAACAGUCCGCUUUUGAUCCUCACAGUCCAGAACAGUCCGCUUUUGAUCCUCACAGUCGAGAACAGUCCGCUUUUGAUCCUCGCACUCGAGAACAGUCCGCUUUUGAUCCUCACAGUCGAGAACAGUCCGCUUUUGAUCCUCACAGUCGAGAACAGUCCGCUUUUGAUCCUCACACUCGAGAACAGUCUGCAGCUAUUCCCAGUCAAGGGCGAACCACGAUCGAGUACAUUAAUUCUCCGGAGCGUUACAUUCGAGAACAUAGCAGUGCUGUUCCCAGUCCGGCACGAUCUCCGACGCUUACAGUUGAGAACAAUACAAAUAAGCUGCUGAUCCUUACGGUUGAGAACAAUAACAACAAUAAUGUCAUUCUUAAUCAACGACUAUCAAGGAACGCGCCUCAGGCUGUUCCUCGAGAACAAACCAAUGGUACUCAAAGUCCGGGACAAUCACCUAUUCAACGAGAAUCCGGCAUCCCGUCUCCUGUGGACUACACUGCUUCUACUGAUCCUUACAGUCCGGAAAAAUCUGGUGUUGAUCCAUACGAUCGAGAACAGCACGCUGCAGAUCCUUACAGCCGAGAACAGUCCACUGCAGAUCCUUACAAUCGCGAAAAAUCGGCUGCAGAUCCUUACAAUCGAGAACAGUCCACUGCUGAUCCUUACAGUCGAGAAAAAUCAGCUGUUGAUCCCUACAAUCGAGAACAGUCCACUGCUGAUCCUCACAGUCGAGAAAAAUCAGCUGUUGAUCCUUACAAUCGAGAACAGUCCACUGCAGAUCCUUACAAUCGGGAAAAAUCAGCUGCAGAUCCUUACAAUCGAGAACAGUCCACUGCUGAUCCUCACAGUCGAGAAAGAUCAGCAGUUGAUCCUUACAAUCGAGAACAGUCCACUGCAGAUCCUUACAAUCGGGAAAAAUCAGCUGCAGAUCCUUACAAUCGGGAUCAGUCCGCUGCAGGUCCUUACAGUCGUGAGCAAUCUGUUGCUGAUCCUUACAAUCAAGAAAGAUCCGCUGCAGACUCCUACACUCAAGAACAAUCAGCUGAAGAUCCUUACCAUCGAGAGCAAGGCCCUGUUGAUCCUUACAAACGACCACAUCUCUGUGGGGCUCCCAACUGUCCAGGACAACACAGGAUCCUGGCCGCUAUCCCGUUCACUGCUGCUGCUGUUCCUUACAAUUCCACUACCGUGCCUCACAGUAGAGAGCAAGACGAUGCUGAUCCCAGCCCGGAGCGUUCCCCGGUUCCUGGUCAUCGAGAAACCAGGUUCGCUUCCUGUCACCAGAGUGACCCUCUUUCUGUGCCUCGAGAACAAGUCGCAUCACUGGCUCCCACCGCAGCUGGGGCACAGAUGCUUAUGUUAGCACCCAACGAAUGUUCUCCCUGUGGGUGUGGAAUCAGCUCACCCCAAACUUCGGGGCUUCAGCAGAGCGCAGAAAUCGUUGGCCCCCAACACAGUAGAAGCCAUUCGGGAUACGAUGGUCCAGAUCCUCCACAAGGCUGCGCCAUCUGUCCGCACUGUGGCGGCAUCCAGGAAGAACCGACCGUAGACUCUAAGGCAACAAACCAGCCAUCGGUAACAGGUAUGCCAGUGAAGAAAGUGGAGCCAGUUGUACCAGGGAAGCCAGAGAUGCCAUCGGAUUGUGAAUGUGAAACGCCGCCUAUCAGUAGCACCAAGCUCCCGGCCGUAAAGCUGUUCCCACUGGCCGAUCGAAAAGACACAGAUUGUCCGGAGGAAUCCAAGACCGUCGAUACGUUGUGCUGCGGUUGCCCCAUUGACCCCAAGUAAAAAUCUGACCAGAAACUGUAAAAUUCCAAAUUUCAAUCUCAAUAUAGCCACUGCCGAAAAAAAA